AUGGCGCAGCUGCACGAGCGGCUGCAGGCGGCCAUGGGCUCCGCGUUUGGCGGGUCUUACGCCUCCAGCGAUCCAAUGCUCGCCGUGGCCACGAAGCGCGAGUUUGGCGACUUUCAGUGCAACGCGGCGCUUGCCCUGGCCAAGCCGCUCGGGAUGAAGCCGCGCGAUGCGGCGGCGAAGCUGGUGGAAGCGCUCGAGGUGUCCGACCUCUGCGAGGCGCCCGAGGUGGCCGGGCCGGGCUUCCUCAACCUGAGGCUGCGCAACGCGCUCCUCGAGCAGCAGCUGGCAGUCAUGGCGGCGGACGCCUCUGGCCGCUGCGCCGUCCCGCGAGCAGCGGAGCCGCUGCGCACCGUGGUAGACUACUCGUCGCCGAACAUCGCAAAGGAGAUGCACGUCGGCCACCUCCGAUCCACCAUCAUCGGCGACACGCUCGCGCGGCUGCUCGAGCUGCGAGGCCACCCCGUGGUGCGGCUCAACCACGUGGGAGACUGGGGGACGCAGUUCGGCAUGCUCAUCACUCACCUGCGGCAGACGGCGCCAGAGGUGGCGUCCGGUGCAGCGGAGGCGGAGCUGUCUGAUUUGGUCGCCUUCUACAAGGCCGCCAAGGCGCGCUUCGACGCGGAGGAGGACUUCGCCGCCGCCUCGCGCAGAGAGGUUGUCGCGCUGCAGAGCGGCGAUGAGGCGUCGCUCGCCGCGUGGCGAUCGCUCUGCGCCACCUCCGAGGCAGCCUUCUCCAAGGUGUACUCUGCGCUGCGAGUCGACGAGCGGCUCGUCACGCGCGGGGAGUCCUUUUACAACCCGCGCCUCCCCUCGGUCCUCGAGGACCUCGAGGCGGGCGGGCUGCUGCAGGAGUCGGACGGCGCUCGCUGCGUCUUCCUCGAAGGGUACACGAACCGCGACGGCGAGCCGUUGCCCGUCAUCGUCCAAAAGUCGGACGGCGGCUUCAUGUACUCGACGACCGACUUGGCGGCCAUCCGCCAGCGGGUGGCGGACGAGGAGGCGAGGCGCGUCCUCUACGUCACCGACGCCGGCCAGGCCCUCCACUUCCAGCAGGUCUUCGAGAUCGCGCGGCGGGCCGGAUUCGCGCCCGAUUCGGUCUCGCUCGAGCACGUCCCCUUCGGGCUCGUCCAGGGCGAGGACGGCAAGAAGUUCAAGACGCGCUCCGGCGAGACGGUCAAGCUCGCCGACCUGCUCGACGAGGCGCUGCGCCGCGCGCGCGCCGACGCGCGGCUCGAGGCGGAGGGGCGCGAGGAGGGGGAGGAGUUCGUGGCGCGCGUGGCGGCCGCCGUCGGCAUCGGCGCCGUCAAGUACGCCGACUUGGCCAUGAACCGGCAGUCAAACUACCGCUUCUCCUUCGACAAGAUGCUCUCCCUCACGGGCAACACCGCGCCCUACAUGCUCUACGCCUACGCGCGCGUCCGCGGCAUCCAGCGCCGCGCCGCCGCCGCCGCCUCGCUCGACGCGCCGGCCGCCGACUCGGCCGCCGGCUUCGUGCUGCGCGAGCCGGCCGAGGUGAACUUGGCGCGGCAGCUGCUGCGGCUGGGCCAGGUGGUGUCCGACGUAGAGCGCGACCUCCUGCCGUCCAAGCUGUGCGAGUACAUCUUCGAGCUCGCGGGAGACUUCAACCGCUUCUACGAGGCGCACCUGCCCAGCUCGCCCCCCGCGCCAGCCCUUCUCCGCCCCCUCAACGCCGCGCCGCGACGUGCGCUACUCGCGCUGUGCGAGCUCACCGCCGCCGUCCUCGCCCUCAACUUGCGAAUUCUCGGCAUCGAGCCCCUCGAGCGCAUCUAG